UUUCCAUGGAGAGAAGAUGUUCUAAAAUGUGUUUUUUUAAUAGAUCAAAAAUUGGAAUUUCCUUUUUUCUGUGUGAUUUACAUUUAACUUUCGCUUCUCUUUGACGCAGAAGCCACUGCUAAUCUGAUUGUUAUUCUCAGCUCUUUCAGAAAGCAACUAUGACAGGGCUGAGGAGAAAAUCCAUUCUGCUGACAGGCUAUCUGGAAUACAUGCUCAAACAAUACCACAGCAAAGAGAACACAGAAAACAAGGGGCCCGUUGUGAACAUCAUCACCCCGUCCAGAGCAGAGGACCGAGGCUGCCAGUUAACACUGACCUUUUCCAUUUCCAGGAAAGGCGUUUUUGAGGAACUCGAAAAAAGAGGAGUCGUUUGUGACAAGCGAGAACCAGAUGGUAUCCGUGUGGCCCCCGUUCCUCUCUAUAAUUCUUUCCAUGAUGUUUAUAAGUUCGUCAGACUGCUCACUGCCAUACUUGACUCUUCAGAAACUAGCCAUGUUUUCUAGAAUCACUCAAGCAAAUCUCAUUUCACUACUAUUGAA